AUGAAUUUCUUGCCAGCUUUAUUAUUCGUGCUUGCCUUUGGAACAACUUCUGCUCAAUUCUAUGGAGGUAUGCCAUAUGGAGGAUACGGUUAUGGCGGAUACCCACCACCAAUGUACGGUGGAUACGGUGGUGGAUAUGGAUACAGGCCGUAUGGAUACGGAGGCUAUGGAUCACCAUAUGGUGGAUAUGGAGGCUAUGGGUAUCGUCCAAAUCCAGUUGGAGGAAUGCUCCGAGGAGCAUUGUUGGGAGCUGCAAUGGGUGCGAUGAUUGGAAAGAAGUAA